AUAUAAUCCAAUCCAUCCACUUGCUGUUCGCUUGCUGUUUGCGUUCGACCCGCCAAUCUCCGCGUCGUCUGACUUGGAGCUGCGUGCAGCUCAAAACUCGACCAGAGAGGAGGCACUGAGUUUUCUUCCUUCGCCACCCAGUGGGUGACCCACCCACUCGUGUACAAUUGGAAUCUCCCCGUGUUCGUCAAGGCAAUCACCUGCUGUGUCCUCUUCCAUCUACGCCGAACGAGACUUGUUGGCGCUUCAACACCGGUUGAACACGGCCAUUCGUCGUGACUUUCUCCACCCGCUUUUUAAAAAUCUGUACCCAACGACACCAUGUUUGCCAAGCCACGUGUGUACGUGGGAGACGAGGAACGCCGUCGGAAGCAGCGUGACCUCAAGCGUCGGUAUCGUGAGCGUCGUAAAGCCAUGCAGCAGCAGGUGACGCAGCUGGAGGCUCGAUACGAUGCGCUGCUGAACGCACAACAGCAAUCGGCCAUGACGUCGCGUCGGGUACCCUCGCCGCUUGAACAACAUUACGCGGCGGCCACGAACGAACUCAACUCGUUACGGCGACAGAUCGCUGUGACCAAGCAGAAAUUAGCCGAGUUCGACGGCUUCGCGUCGUCUUUGGAAGUGUAUCUGACCGACUUUGACGCCCCCUCCGUCAUCAUUUCGGCUUCGUUGGCUUCUGGCGCUGCGAAGAGCUCAUUGCUAAUGGCCCCGUCGCUUCCUGGUCCGACACCUGCAGAGCCCCACGCGCGCCUAACGGAGCAGGAAUGCCUGGAAAUGAUCAAGAAGUGCUAUUAUGAAAUCUUCGACCGGCGAUUCCGUGGCCAAUGUCUGAGCUCAGGUAUGCACAUGUUGGGCUGGGAGGAUCAGAUGUUCCUGGACGGUACAACACUGCAGUUCUCCAUGUCAAAGCAAGUGACGGGAAUGUCGGCCAACACGCUUAUGCAGAAGACGUGGGAUAUCGUGACUACAGAGCAACACAUGCGCACGAUUCAGUACUCAACACUCGGAGUCAAGGUUCUACAUAAAAUUAAUGAUGAUACGCUGGUUAUCCAGCGCUGUGUGCACCAUCCGCAACUCAAGACUGUCAACUGGAACAACAUGGUCAUGUUCCGCUUGCGCAGUCCUCGAGGGUAUGUGGUCGCAUACCAGACUAUCAACCACCCAGCCUACGCCGAGGGAUACACGGAGUAUUUCACGGGUCACGAGGACAUUGUGGCGGAGGAUCUGCAGCCGAAGUUCUCUCGCGUCAACACACUACAGUGGUUCCUCUUUGAGGAAGACGGCAACCUCGACUUUGACAUGGAUAGCGGAGGGUCUGACCUCGAGUUACUGGGCUCUAGUGAUAGUGAAGACUCGCCGAGUAUUAAGAAGGAGUCCCUACCGAGAGGCAGAAGAGGUCUGUUUGCACCAACCCAACCUUAUGCAGACUCCCAACGGCGUGUUUCAGGUGGCGUCAAAGUAUCAUUUGGGGGCAAAGUGGACAACCGAGACACGUCUUUUGCCCGAUUUUACAUGUUCGAGGUGCUCACGUACAUCAUUCGCUGGGAGAACGCGGUGGGCUCUGCUCGACUCACAUUUUAA